GUCAAAUUAUAACCUUUUGUUUUUAGUUACUUUUCGAGAAAUAUAAAUUGAAAUCCUUGUAAAAUUGUUUUUAUAAAUUAUGGACUAAGAAUGUCGGAAUCUGAAUUUCAAAUUUCAUCUAGUUGAAAUUGUUUUUAGGGUCACAAAUGUGCUGUGUGAAUAAAAUGACAGUUGCCGUCUCUCAAGGCAGUAACCGUGACAAAGCUGCUCAUCAGUCCUUUAUUGUUCCAGAAAAGAUAAAGGAAUAUGAAGAAUUUAUUUGUGGCUGGGGAUCAGCAUUUAUCAAUAUUGUCAUCACCUUUCCUAUCAAUAAAGUAAUGUUCAGACAAAUGCUUCACGCUGUGGAUUCCCAGCAUGCUAUACGUCAGCUAAAAAAAGAAGGUUUGCAAUUUUUAUACAGAGGUUGUCUUCCCCCACUGCUUCAGAAGACAGCCUCAGUUUCCUUAAUGUUUGGAACAUAUAAAACCUUUAGUGAAUCUAUUUCUUCAGGAUUCCAGAGUAUUUCGCCUUUGACGGUUCUCUGUGCAGCAGCCACUCUGGCUGGAAGUACGGAAGCUUUGCUUACGCCAUUUGAACGAGUGCAGAUUCUUCUACAAGAUAGACACUACAACAUGAAAUUCCGCAACACUUACCAUGCUUUUGUUGACCUGAGGCAGUAUGGCAUGAAAGAAUAUUACAGGGGAUUCACUCCAAUUUUGCUGCGUAAUUCAGUAGGAAAUAUUUUAUUUUUCAGCUUGAAAGAUAAAGUCAAACUAGUCUUACCUCAGUCUGAUUCUGUAGUGCACCAUCUAAUCAAUGACUUCAUUAGUGGUGCAUUUGUUGGUGCUCUUACUAGUACCAUUUUUUAUCCUGUAAAUGUAGUCAAAACGCAAAUGCAAGUGUGCUGUGGUACGCCAUUUGUAUCUUUGAUUGAAGCUUUCAAAAUUACCUUCAAUGACAGAGGACGGAGUAUUCGAAAAAUGUACCUAGGCGUGCACGUGAAUUAUACCAGGGCAUUUAUUUCAUGGGGAAUAAUAAAUGCAUCUCAUCAGAUGUUGAAAAAAUGCUUCUUUUCUAAUGAAACUUUCAACUCCUGACAAGAUGGUGUGUAAAAUAUAGCUAUUGAUAUUUUUUUUGCCAAAUUUAUGUUGUAAAGUUGUCAUGCAGCAAAAUGGAAUUUUUAAAAUUUGUGUUGAUAGAAUUAAUAGGAGGUAUUGGCUUGUCAUUGACAUUGGUGUUCAUAUGUCUUUUUAUGUGUUAUGUAUGCUUUCUACGUAUCUUUUUUUUUGUUGCCGUAAAGAAUUUCUAUGAAAUAGGUUGAUGCAUCACAAACAGCUUUAAUAUUAGUUAAUUAAUAGUUCCACCAACCUUGUGUUUGCAUAACUGGUUGACCACAGUCAACAAACAUCCUAUGGACCUAGACGCCAUCAACCAACCGAGGUUGACCGGUAGCGCUAUGCGAACGUAAUCUACCUAACGCAGUACACUACUCAGGGGGGAUUAGGGGAACCAUCCCCUCCUUCUGAAGCUUGGAAAAGUUCUUUUUUGAUUAUAGAAAAGGACUAAAACUAAUCAUAUCAACUCAAAAAAAAAAAUCUGGCUAUGCCACUAACACUAUUUCUUCGUUAAAGACACGUCAUUAGGGUUAUUUCUUUGAAAAAUCCUUGGACACUGGUUUGUAUAACCUUAAUGCACGUCUUAAGGAUUAAUUUUCAAUUCUGAUAUGAAUUAAGUUUAUUUCACAUAAACUAGAUUUGUUUCAAAAAAGUACAUAUUCUGCUGUGAUCUUAAUCCAUAUUUGUGCUUAAUUACUUUGUACGAAACUAACAUUGGUUGCCAAAUCACCGAUUGGCUUUUAGUUAAUGAAAAUAUCAUUAGAUAUAAGUACAUGUAUACCUAGUAAUGUUACUAAGUUAUGUUGGUAUUGCAACAAUAGAUUGAUCAUUUUUCCGAGGAGGAUCAAAACAUAACACUAAGCAGUGAAGUAAAUAUUGAGUAAAACCAAAAGUUGCAAAGAAAGAUUAUCUUUGUACCAAUUUUGUUUUAUAAAAAGAUGAGGGCUGGGAAAAGUAUAUCAGUUUUAAAAAUUCUGAACAUAUAUUUUUAGGAUUUAUUUGUGUUUCAAUUGAAAUAGGGCAAUAUUGAGUUUUAUUAUUUUUUUCUUAAGAUUUUUUUUUGUAACAAACUUUUCAAAACAUUAAAACAUACAAGUACAGCCAAAUCCAGCUUUUUUUCUUAUAACAUUUCAAACAAUAAUCAACAUGCCUGUGAUAAAAAAAACUAAUCUUAUUUUACUUGAGUAAUCUUCUGUGACACUUAAAUAAGCUAUUUUACUUAGUAUGGCUAGUCCCAUUUCCCCUAUAUCUUUUAAAGUAUGUAUAUUGCAUGAUUAAUCAUUUUCACUUUUUUAUAAUUGUAAUGAGACCUUUUUUGCAAAUUCUUCCUACCUUGGAAGGGGGGAAAAAUAAAUAAAUAAAAAUCAGAGCAGAGGAGAUUUUAAAAUCAAUGUUAGUUUGAUAUUUGUCUUAAAUUAAGUCAUUUUUGUAAUGAAAUUUACCUUUUUUUUUUGUCUGCUAAUAAAAAUUUGUUAUCAUUGUUCUUAUCAACAUUUUGUCAUAUUACUUUUUUUUCUCUCUCUCAAGCAAACAACCAUUUUGAAAUAAAAUUUAAAUAUUUUUCUUAAACUCAAAUAAGUGAAUGUUUUGAAAAGGUAAGUUUAUUACCUAAGAUACCUUUCAGUUUUGGGAAUUUAAAAAUAAUUUAAUUUCGAAACUUGUCAGAAUUUUGUAUUUUUAUCUUGAAUUUUAUUAUGUGUUUUUAACAAGCUAUUUUUCAAAUGCCAAAGGCAGCGUCAAAGAGAUUGUUUCUUAAAAGCUCAAUCUCUCUUUAAUAACUAUCUGUCUUUCAAUGGAUGCAACCACAGGAUAAAUAUUUUUAUCAUUACAUUAAUCUUUUAAAGUUUUCAUAAAAAUAAUUUUGUUAAUACAUUUUUAGUAUUGUAGCAUUUUUUUUUUUUUGAGAUAAGUAGUAAAACCCUAUCCCCCAUCAGACCUAGAUAAACUUUAAAACUGUCUGCAUGAGUUCUUAAAAAUUUUCUGCAUAAAAACAUGGUGCUAUUCCAGAGUCUUAUUUUGCGAUCAACAGAAAAAUGUAUAGUUGAGAUUGAGUAGAGUACUUCUUAGUAACUAGAAUAUUUUUUUUCAAUUAUAUUUACUCCUUUUAUAAUAUUAUUAAUUAGGGGCAGCUCAAAAUUGCUGAUCAGUAUCUGUUACUCAUUAAAAAAAAGUUUAAAAAAUAUCAAAAUUUUCUGCAAACUUCAAAAAAUUUUUGAGAAUGGCAUUCGCGUGUUCAUCUGUAUUAUCUGGGUCUGUCCUUCAUGUGGUCAGCCAUUCUCAAACUUCUAUAUUACAUGGAUGAGAUACAUCAUAAACUGUAGGGUAGCUAAAGUGAAAAACAUCUAGAUAAGUUUCCUAAAGAGGCAUUACUUGACAUGAAAUUAGUAUGUUUUCUGAUGUGCUCUCGCACUUGUUAUUUCUGUGUUUUUUAAUGUGUUUUUUUAAUUUAUUUAAAGAAAAAUACUUUGCUAGUUGAUCUUUGGAAUAGUUUGGACAUUCUAAAGGUGUAUUGGCAAAGAACCACAUCUUCAAAACGGUCAUUUUGGGUUAAAAUUAACCAAAAGUGAUUGAUCAAACUACAUAUUGUAUGUACGGAUAGAUAAACCAAAAAGAUCUAGUAUGAGUUUUUGUUUAAAAUGCUUGUUGAGGUGUUUUUCCCCCUUUGCAACAGCAGCUUGAAAAUCUUUCCUCAAUUAUUCUUAAUUACAAUUAUGAGUACCUUAGAGAAAAUCAUUAGUUUUAAAGGAAAAUAAUAAAGUCGUUUUCAUUUCUUAACGAGCCUUUGCAUAAAAUCAAGGCAAAAUGUCGGUUAGGGGCUGUUCACAAAUGACAUCACGCUUUGAGGGGGAGGAGGUUUCGUGAAAUUGUGACAAGGAGGACGCAGGGGAUAACAAACAGUGUGACAUCUUGGAUUUUUAAAAAUAUUUAUGAAAAAUACUGUGACAUAUGACAAAGGGGUUUAGGGAGUAAUGUGAAAUACAACACUUUAGGACAUAGGGAGUUAAAAAUGUAAAAAAAAAAGUGUGGCAUCAUUUAUGCACAUGGACAACCCCUUUAUUGCCAAUGAAACAUAUUAAUCACAAACAUUGAUUGUUCAGCAUUAUAAAUGUAAAAAAACUCCAUUUACUCUUGGCCUUUGUUUCAAUUGCACACUUUUAUAACUUUUUUAAAAUAUCUGUCUCCAAACUUCCUUACAUGAAAAUUUUCAGCUUUCUGUUGAAAUUUAAGAUUGACAGGUUCGACUGUACUAGGUUACUGAGCCACCAUAAAACUGGAUUUAUUAAAAGUACAAUUAAAAACAAAUGUACAUAAACUAUUCUCCCACAGUACAGAUGUGUAUUUAUUAUUCUUAAUGCUUUCUCAUAAAAUUCUUUUGAUUGUUGGUUUUUUAAGCUAAAUAUUUAUCCAUUUUAUUAUAAUUGAAGAACAAUCAUUCCAUGAAAUGAAAGAAAGAUUUUCUCCUUCUGGUAUGUUAGCUGUAACAUCAUGUGUUUUAUUUAAGAUAACCAAUAUAAUGAUAUUUGUUGGUCUAACAUAUACCAUGGUGUAAAACAACUAUUGCAGGUAUGUUGAGUGCACAGUAUUGUUGAAACGUAUGUAGUAAACUUAAUCUUUAAAAUAAGUACUUCUUGCUCCAAAAAUAUCAUUCCAAAACAUACUUUAGUAUUUGAACAAUUUAUUGCUACAAAGUUUUAAUAGAUUGAUAGAAUAAUUAAAACCUGAUCUGCAAAGAGAAUUUUCUCUUGUUUAACUGAAAUUGUUUAAGACUAAUUAAAUGUGUAUAAUACAUCACUUGAGCAUCUUUUACUUGCAUAACUGACACAAGUCAUCGAUAAUGUUUUACAGUAUGACUCCCGCAAAAUAAUGUAAAUGUGCAGCUUUUGCGUUUGAAAGUGCUGAUUAAUCACAAUAUUUCUGUUUUAAUUUUCACUGUUACAGCAUUCACUGUAUAUAUUUUAUGUAUACAAAAUCAUUUGUUAUUGUUUUAUUUAUUAAAGAUUUUUAUGCA